AUGUAUCCAUCACCAGAAUACGAGGCCGUCUCUUACCGCUGGGGAUCUUCGGAACGCACAGAGUCGAUUGUUCUCAAUGGAACCACCUUCCCCAUCACGAGAUCAGCAUACGACUUGCUCAUGGCUCGCAGAAGCGUAUGGCGACCAAGAACCGUUUGGAUCGAUGCGAUCUGUAUCAACCAGUCAGACAACACAGAGAAAGCCGCCCAAGUGCAGCUCAUGAGAGACAUCUAUCAUCGCGCCUACAGAGUCGUGAUCUUUACCGGAGGAGACUGGACUGCAAGACUAGCUGCUGUGCUUCUCUACGAGACACUUGCUGCCACAUAUCAAUUCGAUGAAUCCGAGUUGAAUCUGAACAAGCUUACGAACCGAGAGCGGUCAACGACGAAAUGGAAAGCCUUGAAACAACUCAUAUUGAACGACUACUUCACCCGAGCCUGGGUUGUGCAAGAAGUCGCCGUUGGACAGAAAGUAGAGCUCUAUUACGGCGGACUCUAUAUCGAUUGGAGCGCCUUCUUACAUCUUGCGAUGCAUCUCGCACAUCCUCACCGCCGCGAGAUGCUGACGUUGGGAGACGAAAAAGACCGUGCUUACUUGGGCACUGCUUGUUUGGAGAAUAUAGCGAUCAUGUCAUUUCUACGACCGGAUUCUGCUGAGUUCGGCGAUGAUCUCUCCAAGCGGAAUGGCCUUGAUGCGGUUCUGUUUUCUACUUUUACUUUCCGCGCAACGGAUCCGCGAGACAAGGUCUUUGCCGUGCUUGGGAUUGCGAGAUAUGACGAUCCCGAAGAUCUCUUAAUGCCCAACUACUCGAAAUCAAUGGAACAGGUGCAUCGCGAUACGAUAGAGCAUCUUUUCUUUCAUAGCGAACAGCCGUCCAUCCACAUGCUAGCGCUGGCAGGGACUGGAGUUUCCAGUAAACGUCUCGCAAUGCCUUCCUGGGUGCCAGAUCUGAACCAGGAGUACCUUUGGUUUCCAUAUGGCCACUUCAUUGGUUUGGAGGGAAAGUUCCAAGCGUCUGGCGAAAGUCAACCGGAGUUCCAGAGAGGCGAGAUUCCAGGUUCGCUGUCGAUCAAAGGCAUCAUUUGUGAUACUGUCGCAUUCUUGGGUAUUACCACUGUGAAUGAGGGCGAAAUUCAACCGCGUGGACAGCAAGAUGCUCUCCAUGUGACGCGCCGGAAAUAUACGAUUGUUACAGACACCGUAGCGUCCAUUCGGAAGCACAAGAAUAUGUGGCCCGAUGAAGUCAAUGUUGUCGAAACGGAGCUCUGGCUUGCACUGCUAGCAGGACGCAUCAAUCGGAAGCGGCCGUUGCAGCACCAUGAUUGGCAGAGAGUUUUCCGGCACUGGGUCGGCAUCCUGGAGAAGCUUGAGAGAACAGAAGGCCGAUCUCCCCAAUCAAUCUUCGACCAGAUUGAUCCAGAGGAUGAGGGCUCAGAUGUUGAAGAAGGCGAUAUAGUCACCUACGACUGCGCCCUGGAAGGUUGCUAUGGCAGACGGUUCGCGAUAACAAAGCACGGGAGGAUUUGCUGGGUACCUCCGUACGCUGAGACUGGCGAUGUCGUCUUCAUUCCGCUCGGUGCUCAGACACCCUUCUUGGUGCGAGCCAAGAGCAAAACGGAUGAUCAUGAUGUGUAUGAGCUCGUAGGAGAGUCAUAUAUCCAGGGCAUAAUGUGGGGAGAGUUGAUGGAAACCGAGCAUCCAGAGUCUGUCAUCACGCUCAUUUGA